ACACGCACACACACCGAGUACACACACGCAUUUGUGAAAAGUGAAAGUGACGCCCCGAAACACAGCAGCCCACAAAAAAAGAAAAAGAAAGGAAAAAGGAAAGAAAUUCCUUUGGAGCAACUCGCCAGAACGAAUCAGGCUUUGACCAUAUACAGCAUAUAUUUCUAUCUAUAUACAUAUAUAUACAACGCUUAGCAAAUCAAAAUGAUAUAAUAUUAAGCACGCAAGCGGAUCUCACAAAUCCGUUGAAGCAACUUGUUCAUAAUUUUAAGCUGGGUCCGGAAAUCAAAUUUCACUUCGAACAGUAAACCCAAAUGCCCGAGGCAUUGAUACUACUCGGCAUGGCUGACGCAGAGCCAGAUCUAUCAACGUUCGAGAAUAAAACGGGACUUGCCGAGGACAUGAAGUUCCUGGCCUCAAUGCCCGAGCUGUGCGAUGUUACCUUCCUCGUUGGGGACACCCGCGAGCCCGUCUGCGCCGUCAAGGCUGUGCUUUCGUCGCGUUCCCGCGUUUUUGCCAAAAUGCUUUAUGCAGCACCAUCGCCGCAACGGAAGAGGGAGACCACCACCAAGGAGAACAAGCUGCGACUCUUCCUCAAGCGCUCCUCGGAGCCGCUGUUGAAUCUACAGAAUGCGGCACAACAGAGAACCGGUUUCACCCAACAAUUAGCACCGAUACCCGAGCCCUCAGGUCAACAGCAUCAGACGCUGAUCAUUGAGGAGUUUGAACCUGAUGUCUUCCGUCAGCUCAUUGAGUACAUUCACACGGGGUGUGUGACCCUUCAGCCCCGCACCCUGCUGGGCGUAAUGAAUGCUGCCGAUUAUUAUGGUUUGGAGGAGCUGCGUCGCGCCUGCGCCGGCUUUGUCCAGUGCUGCAUCAAUGUGGACACCGUUUGCGCUUUGCUGGCAUCCGCUGAGCGAUACAUUCAAUACAAGUGCACCAAGACGCUGGUGCAGAAGGUGCUCGAGUUUGUCGACGAGCACGGCAACGAGGUCCUCAAUCUGGGCAGUUUCACGCUGUUGCCGCAGCACGUCGUCCGUUUGAUACUGGCCCGCGAGGAGCUUCGCGCCGAUGAGUUUACCAAGUUCCAAGCGGCGCUCAUGUGGAGCAAAAAGUACUACGAUAAUAAUCCAAACAUUGACAUCAAGGAGAUAUUGGGCACAUUUCUGGAGUACAUCCAAUUCCAUAAGAUCCCCGCUAAUGUGCUGAUGCGUGAGAUUCAUCCGUUGAAUCUGGUGCCAUAUGCGAUUAUAAUGAAUGCUCUGGCCUAUCAGGCAGACCCAGAAAGCAUCGACCCCGGAAAGCUGUCUCCCAACUCUAGCCGACACCAUCAUCGACAUCGCCACCACCAUCAGUCCCUGCCCAAGAUCCGUAAGGCCAAAUCCCAAUCGUUCCGCACACGACGCAGUCCAUCCGAACGUCGCAGUCCCAAUGCCACCCCAGCCGCUGCACCCAUCCUCAUGCUGAACACCAGCAGUGCUGCCAACGGUGGCGGCGAAAAGAAACGCAGUCCACUCACAACGCCCGUUCAGCCGGAGAGUAAAAGUCCGGGCAGCACCUCGCAGAAGACACCGACAUCGCUCUCGCGCCAGGGCACGCUGCGUGCCUCGAGCCGCCGCAAGAACAGCGGGCAGUUGACCAUUUCGCUGGGUGCUGCAGCGCAGGGACGACGCAGUCCGGUGGGUCACAGCGAUCGCAGUCCGCAGGGUCGACGCAGUCCACUCUUCCCCACCAGCACCAGCAGCGGUCUGCGUUCGCCCAACGAUCAGCCCAGUCCGACCGCCCGCAGUCCCACGGGAGAUUCGCAGCGCAAGAGUCCCACAUUUAGCAUACAGACACAGGAGCGUCGUUCGCCACUCGGCGCUGUGGCACCCACGGACUUUGGCUGCCAGGCUGGACGUAGUCCGAUAUCAACGGUGCAUGUACAGGAUAUGGCCACCGAACCGGAGGAGACGGGUUUUAUGUUGGGUGGACUGAAGAGGCCAUCGAUCAAUCUGUUUACGCCCAUCUAUUUUGGCAGCGAGAAGCGUAGCCCGAUGGGCGUUAUACCGCCCAUACUCGUCUCCAAUCCCGCCGAGACGUACAAGAGUGCCGAGCGUGAACGUGAGGCGGCCGUGGCAGCAGCUGCCCAGGCAGCCGCCGCCGCCGAGCGCGAAAAGGAGUCCGCCCAGCCGGAGAAGAAGAGUGUGAUGCGUGAAAUACUGGCCUUUGUCCGCAAACCCUCCAAGCACAUCUCGACGCGCACGAACCGGUUUGCCAAUGCAUUUACACGUGCCGAGUCCGGCUCGUCGGGUGGCCCACUCAUCCGGCAGAGCACAUUCUCUGCCAGUCCGGCUGCCUCAUCGACGGCGGCGAAGAGUGCUGUGCAGAAGCAAAUGUCCGAGGUGGGAUUCGAGCCAAAGAUGUCGUUGAAAUUUGCGCAUUAUACGAAAAUGUCGCUGAAACUGCGUCGAUUGGCGCGUCGCCAGGAGGAGGAGGACAAACAGCAGGAGAAGCAACCAUCGGCGGCGGGUUCGAAGCGUGCCAGCGUGGAUUCCACACAGCCGGAGCAGCAGCAGGUAGGUGGCGAAGCGCAGGCGAAGGCGAAGGCCAAGGAGGAGGAGCCGCCAUUCGAGCUGGCCAAUGUGCACUUUGAGAAGGUAGGUGAGUCCUAUAUCAAGCAUGAGCGACUACGCGAACUGGUCGAACCCGAACUCGAGCACGAAACGAACGACAGCGAUGACGAUAACGAUAACGACAGCGAUCAGGAUAUCGAUAACGAUCUUGAGCCGGAACAAACGGAUGCUGCCAUGGCACAAUUUGUGGAGGAGGUAACCAAUUCUUUGAAGGUCGUCGCACUCAAUGGCGAUAACAAUGGUGUUGGCAGUGUUGGGAAUGGCAGUCUGCCCGCUGCCGUGCAUCAUUUCACACGUCGCUCCGAGAGCCGGGAACCGAUUGAGCCGCGCAUCAGCGAGGAGCGCGAAUCCGAUUCGAUGGAUCUGAUUCUGCCGGAGGAGUUGCGGGCCGAAUUGGUUGAAAUUUUGAAGGUCUACGCACCAGAGCCAAUUUAUGUUAAUCUGCAGGCGCUGCGGCGUGAAAUCCUCGACGAGGAUGUGGAGGCGGUUGCAGCCGCUGCGGCUGCUGCGGAAGCGGAAGCUGCUGCUGCUGCUACUGCAGCUGCUGCUAAGCUACCGCUGCAGUGUCCUACUAUUGAGUUUGAGCCGCCAUCGCGUCGCUCCUCCUUUGAUCCGCCCCGCUCCCCCUUUCUCGAGCAGCUGCGCAGUCCGGGCGUCGACACCGAAACGGAUCUGAUCAAUUUGCAACGUCUCGAUUCGGGUGGCGACAGCUUUGAGCUCGUCGAAGGGGAUCGCAAAUCGAGCCGUGCCGAAUCCAGUUUCGAUUGUCCCUACUCCUCGCGUGACACCAGCUUCGAUGUGUCCAUCUCCCGCUACCAAUCGACCAGCUAUGAGGAUCAGACCUCUAGUUUUGAAAUAGUCGACACCGAUGAUCGGCAUCGGCGUCACAUCGACUUGCGCAAGAGUUCCAUUGAGCUGGUCGAUGCGGAAACGUUUCAGCGUUCCGGUUCGUCGUGCGGCCGCAAAUCCUCACUGGAGACCCAUUUCGAUUAUACGCCCUCGGAGGCGAGCGGGAUGACGCCCGCCCGUUCGCCCAACUUCCCGAUGACCAAGAAACAGAAGGCGGAACACUUUCGCCAGCUGCACAUCUCGCCGUUCAGUGCCUUCUCGCGGGCACGCAGCCCCCUCUCGCAGCAGACCUCCUCGAAUUAUAGUUCCCGCGAUAGCUACGAUUCCAGCUCGAGCUAUCCGCAUGGACAUGAGCUGGCGCAGCGUAGUCCAUACGCUGAUCCCAGCAAGAAACACUUUCCGCUUACGAUCAAGCAGCGCGAGCAGGAGGAGGUGAAGACCUUCCUCUGCACCGAUGUGCGUUGUGCCUCCAUUUUUGAGCCGCGUCCCAGUUCGGUGCUCACCCAACAGCUGUCGACGGGCUCGAUGUCAACGCCCUCGGGUUCCGGCUAUGCGCCGCGCAUUCCCAGCAUUGCGGGUGCUGGCAACAGUGUGGCAAUGGCUGUUAAUAAUAAUGGUGUCGCUGCUGCUGCUGCUGCUCUUGUCUCACAGCCGCAUCCGGUUGCUUCGCUCGGUUCGUGCGGCUUUUCCAGCGGCAGCGAAUUUGAGCCACCCUCGCCGAGACGCGCUGCCAGCGCCUCACCCAAACACACCUUCACCUUUCGCAUCGUGAUGAAGAAGGUGGACAGCUCGCCGGAAGCACUGUGCCCGGAACGGCAUCGGUCACGCAUCAUCGAUCGCUACCGUAGGCGAGAUAGUCGCCGCAAGCGCAUCCACGAUGCCGGCAAGAGUUUCUAGAUAGAAAACGCUAAUCAAAACUGAAAGAAAACCUCAUUUUUGUAUCUUAUGAUCAACUUUUGAAUCCCACGUCAGCAAUCACUGCACACUCUGAAAACAAGUCGAGCUGAAAUCUAGAAAAUUGCCAUACUUUAGAUAAUUGUCAGAAAGUUAAUUUCU